AUGAAAGCCACUCCGGUGCUUAUCGCCUGGCACAACGACAACGCCCCCAUCUAUUCUGUACAUUUUGAUCCCCAUGGCAAGGGACGACUCGCAACUGCGGGAAACGAUAAUAAUGUCCGACUUUGGAAAGUCGAUAGCUCUGGCGAGGAACCAAAAAUAAGUUAUUUGAGUGCUUUGGUAAAGCAUACACAGGCCGUCAAUGUUGUCCGGUUUUCUCCAAAAGGUGAGAUGCUGGCAUCGGCAGGAGACGAUGGAAAUGUUCUCUUAUGGGUGCCGUCCGGCCCGUCCGAACUGGGCAUGACUGCAUUAGGAGAAGAACACGCCGAUGACAAGGAGAGCUGGCGAGUCAAGCACAUGUGCCGCUCAUCCGGAGCCGAAAUAUACGAUUUGGCCUGGUCUCCAGAUGGCGUCUUUUUCAUCACGGGAAGCAUGGACAACGUCGCCCGCAUUUACAAUGCUCAAACUGGACAAAUGGUUCGUCAGAUCGCCGAGCACUCGCACUACGUCCAAGGCGUGGCGUGGGAUCCCCAGAAUGAAUUUGUAGCUACCCAGUCGUCGGAUCGCUCUGUGCAUAUCUACAGCCUAAAGACCAAGGAUGGCCACUUUUCCUUGACCACUCAUGGCAAGUUUCUCAAGAUGGAUCUCCCCGCACGUCGAAUUCCCGCGAGCAGUCCUGCUCCGCCAGAGACCAAGACUCAACCAGCUACCAGCGCCAUGUCGAUUGCCUCUCCGGCCCCGUCUACUCCGGGAACGCCCAAGACAAUGACGCUCCCGAUGGAUCCUCCACCGGUAUCACACAGUCGUCGUUCGUCCUUUGGGUCGUCCCCGUCGAUUCGUCGAUCUGCUUCGCCUGCACCUUCUCUGCCACUGCCGGCCGUGAAGCCUAUGGAGGUUUCGUCGCCGAGUUUGUUCGGAGGACUGGGAGUGCGGAAUUCAAAUCUUUAUGCUAAUGAAUCGUUCACCUCGUUUUUCCGGCGAUUAACUUUUUCUCCCGAUGGCAGUCUGCUGUUGACGCCGGCUGGCCAGUACAAGACCACGCAUUCGUCAACGAGCGACCCGACCAAAGCAAGCGAGGAUGUGACUAACACAGUUUAUAUCUACACGCGAGCCGGGUUUAAUAAGCCGCCCAUUGCGCAUCUACCAGGACACAAGAAACCGUCCGUGGCCGUGAGAUUUUCUCCGAUUUACUACACCCUCCGACAGGGGUCUCGACCGACAAACCAUCUUACCAUCGACACAUCGUCUGGCGACGAGUCGUUCCCGGCCUUGCCCGACCCGGUUGUCAGCGCCAAUAUCACCAGUAACCCAUCAAUGGAUCCUCCCCGGGAUUCAAAGACGAGUGCGUCUCCAAAACCAGAAAGUGACGCAUCGGCCAACUCGGCCUUUGCGCUGCCGUACCGCGUAGUGUAUGCAGUUGCGACGCAGGAUGCGGUGCUGAUUUACGACACGCAGCAGCAAACGCCACUCUGCGUGGUCAGCAACCUUCAUUAUGCUACCUUUACCGAUCUCACCUGGUCCUCGGAUGGUCUCACGUUAGUUAUGAGCUCGUCGGACGGCUUCUGCUCGACGCUUUCUUUUGCUCCUGGCGAACUGGGCCAGCUCUAUACGUCGACUGUGCCAACAGCCUCGGCCAGCUCAUCAUCGAAUAGCACGCCUCUACCGGCGGCGAGUGCAUCCCCUUCGCUGUCCAAGCCUAGCCCAAACACACAGACUACUGGCAAUGUCGUCAACAAUCCAACGCCAACUCUUGGCUCGGUGCCACUGGUGACCGCCACCAACUCAUCGCAGCCACAGAGCCUCCCUCUGACAACACCGCCGCAAACCCCAAUGCCGGGGGUGUCUCACAGCGCGACUAGCUCGUUCAGCAGCACAGUCCUGGGCAAGCGGGAUAUUGGCGCAGCCAGUGAAUCCGAAAAGGAGGACACCAAGGCUGAUGCCAAGGGUGUCCCCGAGCUGGAGAAGCCGCCCAAGAAGCGACGUAUUGCGCCAACGUUAGUGUCACAGGAGGAAGCCAAGGAGAAUUAG